AUGCCGGUGGAAACAAUUAGCCGCCCCAUGGUUGGGCCCCCCGCAAAGAAGCGCCUCGUCCAGCAGCUUGCCGUGAAGCUGUACUCGAAAGUUCGGCAAAUACAAGACUUAACUACCAAGCAAGGUCCAAAUUCGCCGCGGCCUACCAUAGAGUCACCCGUGACGCUAGUCUGUCUUUCCGACACGCACAAUAGUAAACCUGCAUCACUGCCCCCAGGAGACAUACUCGUGCACGCCGGCGACCUAUCGCAGUUUGGCACAUUCCCCGAGAUCCAGGCACAGCUCACGUGGCUGUCGGCGCAGCCUCAUCGCCACAAAGUGGUCGUUGCUGGGAACCACGAUCUUCUCCUAGAUCGAAACUUUGUAGCCGCACACCCUGACCGCGAACUAGACAAGCACGCAGACCUAGAGUGGGGCGAUGGUAAUUAUUCCCUGCACUAUCUCGAGCACGAGACUAUAGAAUUUGCCGUUGAGAGCCCUAAUGAUGGAGAGCCAAGGCGUGUCUCCGUGUUUGGCAGCCCUUGGACACCGCGGUGUGGAAACUGGGCCUUUCAGUACCAAAGCGGAAAAGAUGCUCAAUUUGAUUGGAUUGGCGUGAUCCCGAAUGAUACGGAUAUCGCCGUACUGCAUGGGCCACCUAAGGGCCAUCUUGACGACGGUGGCAAGGGAUGUGGGAUGCUCCUCGAGGAACUUUGGAGGGCCCGACCAGCCGUUGUUGUUUGCGGACAUAUUCAUCCUGGUAGGGGUGAGGAAUGGCUUUGGUAUGAUAAUAUACAGCGGUGGUAUGACAAUGUGAUUCUAGAAAGAAAGCAGUGGGUGUCGGUUUUAUGUUUAGCAGUAGUAUAUGUUUGGGUCUUAAUUCAGUGGGCAGUUGGAAAGCCGGGAAAAGGCAGGAGUCCUGAACGGCAGUACACACGUCUCAUAAACGCAGCUGUAGUGGGGAGCCAUGGUGGAGGGGCUAUGAUCGCAACUAUAUAG